AUGGGGUCGACAUGGCUGGCAACAGUCUUGGCGGCGCUCGUCGUCGCCUCGGUGGCACACGCGGCAGAACUGGAGGUCGGUUUCUACAAGCACUCGUGCCCACAGGCCGAGGAGAUCGUGCGCAACGCCGUCCGCCGCGGUAUCGCCCGAGACCCAGUGGCAGGUAAAAGGCCACAGUCCCUGCGAGCCCUGCAUGUGUGCAGUACAGCCACGCACCACGAAGGGUACACACACGCACACACAGUGACACAGAGAGCAAGCUGGUGUGCCUGUGCGUUGCCAUGUCAAGUUGCCAGUGCCGAUGCCACACUCCACAGCCACAGGCAGGUUGUGGGAAUGUGGGGCAAGGGCACUUGGUGGUGUUUAGCCCGUGGCCUUUUUUACUGGGCGGGAGCGUCGGCGAUGAUGACAGGAGGCGAAGUAAAGGGAAUAAGAAUAAUCGUCUGGGGGCUGGGGGCUGGGGGCUGGGCGACGGCGACUCCAGCACCAGCAGCGGCCAGCGGGAGAUUACACGAUGAAAACAAACAGCCAAAGGUGGUGCAUCCCGCCCUGCACGCAGCUUUUGCCUUUUGGGCCAGCCAGGCAGCCAGCCAUCUCCUCCCAUGA